UCGUGUCACGUGACAGCCUCAGCCAUGGCGUCCUCCAGGACGUCCGUGUUGUGUUCGGGCUCCGUGUUCUCCGGGGGCUACUGGUUCUCCUGGUGCUCCUGGUUCUCCUGGUUCUCCUGGGUCUGGCCCCUGCUCUUCCUCUCGGUGUGUGUCCACUUCAGUCCGGUGGUGACCGAGGACACGCGGAGCUGCGAGGAGCUUCGACUCGGACAGUAUUUGUGUAACGGACCAAAGAUCGAUGAAGCCACUCAGGAGCCAGAGAACUGCAAGGAAGCUACAGCGUUGGUGGAGUGUCUCCCUGCUCCAAACAUCAGCUGCCGACACGCCAAUGGGACGGAGAUCAGGUUCAGUGGGAAGGAAGUGGGCUUCAACAAAACCAUCUCCUGCAGGAAUGUGAGUGGUUACUCCUACAAAGUGGCCGUGGCUCUGUCUCUGUUUCUGGGCUGGAUCGGAGCGGAUCGCUUCUACCUGGGUUACCCAGCUCUAGGUCUUUUGAAGUUCUGCACUGUUGGUUUCUGUGGAAUUGGAACUUUGAUCGACUUCAUACUGAUCGCCAUGCAGAUUGUGGGUCCAGCAGACGGAUCAAGCUACAUUGUGGAUUAUUACGGCGCUCGGCUGACCCGCCUCUCCAUCACCAACCAGACGUACAGGAAGCCUCACCUGUCGCUGUAGUCGACUGGGAACCCUGGAGUAAACAAUCACAACUUCAUUCUUCUUGUUAGUAUUUAUAUUGUGUUGUUGUGUAGGUCACAGUAAUUUCCUCACAUCUGGUUUAAGUUUAUAUUUUAUAGAAACUAUUCAGUGACUUUUGCUGUAACAUGUAGUUUCACUGCUGUUGUGUUAUUUAAGUUUAUUUUCUUCAAUGAAACUUUGUAAAUAAAAAUUUGUGUUGAUCUACA